AAAGGCCAAAAGCAGUCCUGUGAAGUUGGCCUAGGUUCCUUGCCGGUUCUGCCUGGCUGUCCCUCCUCUCUUAGCACCCCCUCCCUCUUCCUUUCAGUUUUCUUGUCUUAGCUUUUGGUCGAUUCUUAAGGAACCGGUGGAUCAAGUUUUUUCUCUUCUUGUUAAUCGUGUUGCUGUAGCAGUGACUGACCUCUCUCUCUUUCUCUCUCUCUCUCUCUCUUUUUUUUUAAAUUCCCCUUUCCUGAAAGUACGUGUGCCAUUCCUGAGUGACUUUUCCUACUAGACCAUCCCAAAGGGACGAGGGGGAGGGGUAGAAGGAGGAGGAGGAGGAGAAGGAGGAGGAGAGGGGGCUGUUCCUUCUCUCUCAUUUCUUAGUUUUGUUUAUCUGCCGUGCUGCUUGCUGGUUUGGGGCUUGGAAUGACCCACCUGUAAAGGUUUUUCCUUCCUUCCUCCUCGCCUUGAACUCUGCAGGGGGCUUGGCUUGGAGAGUGCACGGGAGGGAGAAAAGGGUGAAACAAAAAACUUCUUUCUUUCUCUCGGUUCAUCUUCAGCCGGACAUUGUCACCUCCUCUCUGAGGGGUUAGAAGAAGCUGAGAUCUCCCGACAGAGGCUGGAAAUGGUGAUGAAUCUUUUUUAAUCAAAGGACAAUUUCUUUUCACUGCACUUUGACUAUGGAAACAGAGGCUAUCGAUGGCUAUAUAACAUGUGACAAUGAGCUUUCACCUGAAAGGGAGCACUCCGAUAUGGCAAUUGACCUCACCUCAAGCACACCCAAUGGACAACAUGCCUCACCGAGUCACAUGACAAGCACAAACUCAGUAAAGCUAGAAAUGCAGAGCGAUGAAGAAUGUGACAGGAAACCCCUGAGCCGCGAAGAUGAGAUCAGGGGCCAUGAUGAGGGUAGCAGCCUAGAAGAACCCCUAAUUGAGAACAGCGAGGUGGCUGACAACAGGAAAGUCCAGGAGCUUCAAGGCGAGGGAGGAAUCCGGCUUCCGAAUGGUAAACUGAAAUGUGACGUCUGUGGCAUGGUUUGCAUUGGGCCCAAUGUGCUUAUGGUACAUAAAAGGAGUCACACUGGUGAACGCCCCUUCCACUGUAACCAGUGUGGAGCUUCUUUUACUCAGAAGGGUAACCUUCUGAGACACAUAAAGUUACACUCUGGGGAGAAGCCGUUCAAAUGUCCUUUCUGUAGUUAUGCCUGUAGAAGAAGGGACGCCCUCACAGGACACCUCAGGACCCACUCUGUGGGCAAACCUCACAAGUGCAACUACUGCGGCCGGAGCUACAAGCAGCGCAGUUCCCUGGAGGAGCACAAGGAGCGCUGCCACAACUAUCUCCAGAACGUCAGCAUGGAGGCUGCCGGGCAGGUCAUGAGUCACCAUGUACCUCCUAUGGAAGAUUGUAAGGAACAGGAGCCUAUUAUGGACAACAAUAUUUCUCUGGUGCCUUUUGAGAGACCUGCUGUCAUUGAGAAGCUCACAGGGAAUAUGGGAAAACGUAAAAGUUCCACUCCACAAAAGUUUGUGGGGGAAAAGCUCAUGCGAUUCGGCUACCCAGAUAUUCACUUUGAUAUGAACUUAGCGUAUGAGAAGGAGGCUGAGCUGAUGCCGUCUCAUAUGAUGGACCAAGCCAUCAACAAUGCAAUCACCUACCUUGGAGCUGAGGCCCUUCACCCUCUGAUGCAGCACCCGCCAAGCACAAUCGCUGAGGUGGCCCCAGUUAUAAGCUCAGCUUAUCCUCAGGUCUAUCAUCCAAAUAGGAUAGAAAGACCCAUUAGCAGGGAAACCUCUGAUAGUCAUGAAAACAACAUGGAUGGCCCGAUCUCGCUCAUCAGACCAAAGAGUCGACCCCAGGAAAGAGAGGCCUCUCCCAGCAAUAGCUGCUUGGAUUCUACUGACUCCGAAAGCAGCCACGAUGACCACCAGUCCUACCAAGGAAACCCUGCCUUAAAUCCCAAGCGGAAACAAAGCCCAGCUUACAUGAAGGAGGAUGUCAAGGCUUUGGAUACUGCCAAGGUUCCUAAGGGCUCUCUGAAGGACAUCUACAAGGUCUUCAAUGGAGAAGGAGAACAGAUUAGGGCCUUCAAGUGUGAGCACUGCCGAGUCCUUUUCCUAGACCACGUCAUGUACACCAUUCAUAUGGGUUGCCAUGGCUACCGGGACCCACUGGAAUGUAACAUCUGUGGCUAUAGAAGCCAGGACCGUUAUGAGUUUUCAUCACACAUUGUUCGAGGGGAGCACACAUUCCACUAGGCCUUUUCAUUCCAAAGGGACCCCCAUGAAGUAAACUGCUCAUGAAGAAAUACUGCACUUACAAUCUCACCUCCCCUCAGAUGUUGACAAACCCCCUUUUUUAAAAAAAAAAAUUACUGUCAAUAAUUAUUUUGUGGACGCAGUGUCAUUUGCUCUGCCUGAUUAAAGUAAGGAAGAAACAGAAGAGAGAAAGGAUGGGGAUAUUUUUUCUUGAUAAUUUGGCUUGUUUAUUUUGUGGGAGUUUAAAGCAGUUCUCUUCUGCCACACUUAGAUAUAAUGCAUACCGUGCUUUGAAACAAAUCACUUGAUUUAUGUAGAUUUCCCUAUGGGAUUCUUGUUCACCACUGGUUUCGAGGAUUGUGAUUAGAGGCAAAAAAAAGUUUAGAAUUUUCUGAAUAGAACUUCGGCAGUUUAAAAUGCUAUAAGUAAUUGUACUACUUGAAGAAGAAUCUGUUGCAAAAUGUAAGCCGAUAUUUUUGUUCUUUAAAAAUCGUGGAACAAGACACAUUUACUGUUAUUUUUCAGUAAUAUCUCCUAGGAUGGAUUGAGUUGUUGUGGGUUCUGUGUUUACUUACCUUAUGGAACUUGUAAUUCAGUAUGUUUUACACUGUACCAUGCAGCAAAACUUUGCAACUACAGGUAGUUAAGGACCACUUACAACAUAUCUGAGGUCCUGUGAUCUUAUUUUUCUAAACUUAAGCACUGUUUUUUCCAUAGUUUUGAUGACUGGCAUUUUAUAGACACCCUGGCAGCCUUACUUUUAACACCUUUAACAAAUAGUAUUUUUAUGUAGUUUUCAGAAUAACACAUGGUCUAAGAGUGAAUAAGAGACAGUAAUUUCCAGAAGGGACUCUACCUUUCAUAAAUUAUUUAGAAACUUAAAAGCUUGCAAUGUGAUGGCAGCACAGUGUAUGUGCGUUCUUAAAGUGUGCUUACAGUUGUCACUUUAUCAACAUUUAAUCAGUGUUAACCAGUCAGCAGAAAAAUGUAAUUAGGUUAACAGUAGGGGUUGUGGAGGAGAAACCCACUGAGAAAUUCUUUUUCUGAUAUUUUUCUUUUCACUGUUUUUUUUUUUCCCAAGCUGUGACCACCCAGUGUUCUCUCCAUAGUUCAUUCAUCUUUUAUUCUUGGAGUACAAGAUCUUAAAAAUCUUGCUGUAGGCUCUUUCUUUCCAAAUCUCCUCGGAGCAAUUGCUAAUUUGACCUGAAUGUGGUGACUUGAACCCUGUAAGGUCAUUGAGCUAGAGCUAUUUAUUCUAGUAUUUUUUCAAUAAUAAUAUUUGCUACUUUUCCUGCAAAAGAAAGGGAACUUUCUUUGUAACCUGUACAGUGGAACAGAGAUCAGACACACAACAGGGACCUUUCGUCUUUCAUCAAGUCUAGAAUGUGGCAGAACUCCCAAGCAAAGGUCUUGUUUUUCUGUUUCAGAAAUACUCAGCUGUAGAAGUCCUUGUCAGAAACGAAUCUCAGCACCUGAUACCAAACUUUCCUUUGUUUAAUCCAUGAAUAAUAUAUGUUGCCAUAUUUCAUGUGUAGAUUAUAAUUUCAUUUACAUGGGUGCUCUAUUUUUUUCUUUCUAGUCCGACAGCAUUAGAGGGCAGAACUGAAUGAUACAGAUUAAGUGAUUUGGGGAAACACACUUGGAAGGCAGAACUUGUGUUUGAGAGAACAGCUCCUGGCCAUCCAUGAAUUACAAUUUGUGAUUCUGGAAUUCUGUGAAAGAGUAAAUCAUUGCUCCAACAGAUCAUUUAAUGGAAUGCUGAAACUGUUUUUUAACAGGCAUGAGGUUACUAACAAAUUUGAAGCAGGCCCCCAAAUGGCUCUUAACUCAUUUUCUAAUUUACCACUUGCUUGUUUAUGCAACUUUUAAGCAAUAGCACAGCUAGAACUAGGUAAGAAUGGUUACACUGCAGCUCCCUUUUUACUAGUCCCUGUCAUAAUUAUUUUUGGAGGAAUUUCCAGACUUCUCCUUAAGUGUAUAAGAGUGAACCAAAACAGACAUAUAUAAAAUGUCAACAGCUACCUUUUUAUUCCCCUGCAUGCCUUGGUACGUUGUGAGUUGGUACACGAUUCAUUCAGAGGUAAAACAUGUUUUUGAGACUUUCUCACCUACUCCUACCCCAAUUUCUUUCCAUCAUUAUUACAGUGCUAUUUCUUUUAUUCCUUUUGCAUAAAGUAACUAAUUUUUGCAUUUAUGAUUUUGUGUUUAAUGGCAGUUUAAGGAAACAUGUGCGUGCCAGUCCAUAUGUUCAUAAUGUUGGCUGUGUGGGGAUUUUAGCUGGCAGCAUCUUUGAAUUUCCUUCCCAAUAUGGUUUUCACUGGAUGGAACAAUUAUGUGCCUACCUGCCCUGGGAUGACACUGAAUCCAGGUGGACCUAAGAGUUGUGUAGCUCCAAGUGAGGACAGUGCUAACAUCCUCUCCUUUUCUCUGAUUUCAUCCUUUUGAGUAACUUACUUUAUUCAAAGUAGUUAAUAGUUAUAAAACUGUAUUUGCUACAAUUGUUUAGUUGCAUUUUCUUAGAUCAUGAUUUGAGGAACAGAAAGAAGUGUGGUAAGAAUAAAUGAGGACAAGGUUGAUUCAUAUUUAUAAGUUAGAAAGUUCUAUGGACAUUGUGCUUUCUUGGAAACUCUGGGGGGCCGUUUUUCUUGCUUUUCUUCACAAAAGGAAAUAAUGCAACAUGGUAAACUUAAAAAUAAGUAUAAGGGUCAGACACCAAAUAAAUCAAGUUUCACCUAACAGUUGUAUGCACAGUGUAAAAGGCAAGACUUCACAUUACAGAAAGUAUUUGAGAGGCAUGACAGUGGGUUACUCAGUGUGUUUUCUAGUUUGGCAAAAAUACAGAAACUUAUCACAUUGUUUUGCCCAAAUUUUGUGCAGAUAUUGUUGGAGAAAUGUGUUGCCUUUAAUUAGUAAUGAAUCAGUUAUAAAAAGCCAUUUCAACUGGGCUUUUUAAAACAGUGGAAUUUGUGAGCAGAGAUUGAAAGAGAUUCCAAGUUUAUGAAACAUUCCGUUAGCAAUUUUCUAGGGGGACAAAAUCAGAGAAUGACAGACUAGUAUUCAAUUUGGCUGCAAAGCAGGAAGUCAUUUUCCUACAGACCUACAGGCAAUUGUAUGUAUGAAUCACCCUAUAUUUCUGGGUGUCACACAUACUCAUUUAAAGCAGAUGUGUUACAUGAACAGAAGAGAGUUAAAAUUAUAGUUAAUACCUGACCAAUUAGGAGGGUUUACUUUACCAGACUGUAUUAAGAACUACUAAAGAAGUUACUGAUAUGUCUUUAGUAUUAGUGAUAGGUAUUAAAGCUUGGUUAUUAUUCACUUCCAGAACAAAUAAAACAGUGGAAAAAUUUAAUGCUGAUUGAAAGAAAUGUAAAGAAAUAUAAAUUUCUUUUGGACCAGGAAGAAAAUAUAGAAUUGCUAUCAACUUUCACUUGUUGGCACAAAGAGAAAUCCAAGACUAUUUUAGUGAUCUUUAGAAUUUUUUUGUUGUUGUUGUUGUUUUUGUGUCUCAGCUGUACAUCUCACAAAACUGUCAAGUCUUCAUGGUAUUUUAUCAAUGUUUAACCAGACUUCCAUUAGAGACAAUUUAAAUGAAAAUUAAUUUUUAAUAGUUUUCUCUUAUUUGGAUCCUGUUUCCAAAAUGAUUUCUUAACACUAAAAAGAGCAAAAGAGGCAGCAAAAAUACAAACAAAAAUAUGUACUACUAAUUUUAGGUUAGCAUUGACACUGGAAGAUGUACUGGCUGUAGCUUCUUUUAAAAAAAAAGCCCUUGGAUUAAUCAUUGUACAUAAAUAACCAAAAUUUGUUAUCAUGUUCACUUUUAUUUUAUAUAUCAUUUGAUAAGUGCUAUCUGUAUGAAGAUUACUCUUGAACAGAAAAUUUCCCAAAUCCCAAAGAAGAAAAAAAAAAAAAAAGAGUAUGGAGAACAAGAGUAAAAUGAAGCUUAUAUAUACAGUUUUUUUUAGUUCUCCAGUUUCUUCAACGUGAUUAAAUAUAAUUAUUGAUCCCUUAAAAUCUUGAAUUUAAUGCAUUGGUGUCUUUUUAAAAUACAUUCAUGGUGUUGGUUAGCUUUCAUAGCUCAACACCACUUUAUUAUGUAUUUUUAAAAAUCACUUAGAAUUGAAUACUAUAAUUCACCUUUAUGUCCCCUACAGCAAAACUGUUAGAGCAAUUUCUAAUGCAGAAACUUUCAGCUUGUGUGUUCAAAGGAAAUCCUGAAACCAGAUUCUAAUACCUUUUCAGUUUGAUAGUACUUCUGAAUACCAUUGUAAAGUCAUGCAGGUAGAAUACAGUUAAAUCCUAGCUGGGAAUUGAAUGAUGGCAUCUAUCUUCAUAUUAUUUUAAGGAAAGAUAAGUUCUGAUUCACCCAAAGGUUUGCUAGUGGAAUUUUUGGUUGAUAAAAUACAGUAUUGUUUGGGAUUUUUAUCUCCAGAUUCAUGUUUUUCUAGUCUUGGAAUCUCUAUCUUAUAAUCUCAAUGUUUCAUAGAAUGUCCUAAAAAAAACAAAAACAGGUAAUUAAUGAUUCUUGAACAAAACAAAAUGAACGGUCAUAUCACAUUGCUAUUCUCCAAAGCAGAAGCCCACUUGGUGACAUACCGUGCUUGUGUAUUACUUGCAGUGGCUGUGUUAGGCUGUGACAGCUUUUUUUUUUUUUUUAAGUAAGCUGCUUGUUCUACAAAGCAAAUGUCCUAUGACCAAGAAGCUGUGAUAUGCUAGUAUUUCUUUUUAUCAUAGUGUUUGACUAGGCCAAAAAUGAUAUCUUGACUAUUUUUACAUUUACUGCAAAACUAAAAUUUUGGAAUCUCCACAAGGUUUUUAUGUAACAUUCUCUUUCUAGCUUUUUAGUUUUAUCUUGCUGUACUGUAAUUUUGUGAAUAUUUUUCACCUGCACUCUUAGAAAUAAGUUCUUAAUUCUGUUGAUGGGUUCUCUCUCCCACAACUUUGCAUUUGUAUAUUUUCUGUAUAAAUUUGUUGUGAACUAAUCUUUGUCCAAUGUGGUACAUAAAUGCCUAGUUUUUUAAGAUAUCCUUUUUAUUGUGAAUAAAAAUAUGAAACGUAGAGGCCCUGUGCUAAGCCACGCAGAGAACAGCAUAGAACUUCCUACAGGUACAAAGAAGCCAGUUUGCCGUGAGCAGGGCCUUCCGAUUACCUCAAGUGACACAGUAAGAAAAGCUUGAAUGGGUGGAGGUCACUGAAUCCCCUACUAUGCACUUACCAGGACUUUACUUAAUUUACGAGACAUGGAUUUUUUUGGUUUUUUUUUACAAAAUGGAAACACUAACAAGGGAAGGAAUCUGGAUUUUGGCUUUUAUUAUAUUCUUGGCCUUUUUUUUUUUUAAGUAGUUCAAAUUCUGAAACAGUGAUUAGGGAAGAAAAUUGUCAGACACUCUCAGAUUUUGAACAUAAAUCAACUUUCCCUUGUUUGGAACAAUUUCUUGUCACUUUGUAAAUUUUGUGAACUCUGUCCCUACCUCCUUAUCCUCUCUCAGUCUCCUGUAAUUGUCUCUGGCUAUCUCUGUCUCACCUCCUGCCUGUGUUUGAAAAUUAGGUCAACUUUUAUUUCCAGUUCAUUGAUCUCUUAAGUCUUACCUUUUUUUUUUUUUGUGAUUGUUGUUGGCUUUGUAAUCUGCUGACAUAUUUUUAUACUUGUGUGAUUUUAUAUUAAAAAGAGAAAUGGUUGGAUUAAAAUAAUAAGCUAUGUGAUCUUCAUAUGAUUUUCACUUUCCAACACUGGGUACUAAAACAUGACGCAGAGAUUAUAUGAACCUGCUGUGAUAUGCUUGCCUUCCUUUGGUGGGAUUUGCCUUCUCAUUUUUUUUUUUCUGAAAAGAUUUAUCAUAGGCAAUUAGACUUUUUUCUUCGCAAAUAUUUAGAAGGACAUUAAAAAUGUAAAGAGUCUUAAUUUUCUCCCUCCUGGAGAAAACAUGCUUUAACCUUCUUAUAAAUUAUUCCAGGUUUGGAGGGUCAUCUCCUGGCCACCUAUUUGCUCUUAUUAGUUGGACCUUUUAGACCAUUUGUUAUUUGCAAUCCCAGAAUGAUUGUUUUUGCUGUUUAAAAGAUACUAUUUUCUUUCUGUAUAAGUGCAAUACCACCCCCCACCCAGGUCUUAACUACUAUGAUGAUUUUUCUUUUCUUUUCUGACUUAUGUUCCCUUAGCAAAUGAUAAGAAAUCCUUUCAAAUCAUAGGAUGCGUGUUCAAGGACACAAGAGGCAAAGUGAAAACCACUCCCACGUCAAAAGAUUUGAGAUACAAAAACCACUUGUCCAAUCUCAUGGCAUCAAUUAAGGCUAUGUUUCCACUGAAAUUAGUACAUUUUUGCCUGAGAAAUGUGUCCUAAAGUGGAAAUCCUUACAGACUGAAUGUUCUUGGACCCUUGACCAGUGCUCUAAAUUAAGAAACUAAUAUCUAAUACUUUUAUUUCAUUUCUCUUUUUGAAAGUGAAUUGUAAUAACAAAGCACUUAACUCAAUUUUAACCAUGUCACUAAUUGAAGAAAAAAAUUUUAAAUAUUUAGAGCUAUCCUGUUUUCAUACAAAUUUAAGUAAGAAGUAUUUUUCGUAUCAUGCAUAUUUAUAUGUAGUGUGCUGGAUUUCUUUUUUAUACCUGUGCUCCUGUAAUAAAUCUGCUGUAAUGUAAAUAAGUUUUAUUAAAAGAGAACAUUUCUUUGGCAGUUAUUUUAAAGACAUUUACUGCAUUUAUAUAGUAUGUGUCUUUGCCAUUUUAGAAUAUUUUUCUUUAACAAUACCAAAGGUGAUUAGACUAUUUUAAAGACUAAUUGCUUAACAGUUUCUAGGAUGUUUUAAGUUUUAGAAGCAAAAAAAAAAAAUAAAAAUAAAAUAGGUCAAACCAGUAAACCUCAUUUUUUUUUCAAACUAACAAUUUGGGAAAAUAACUAUUGUUUAAACAGAAAUAUAUAUAUAUAUAUAUAAAUGUAUAUGUAAAAUUAAAAUUCCAGACCUUGUAUGUCAGGUUCGCUCAGUGUAAUGUAGUUUUUUUAAGGCUCAAAUAUCGUACCUCAAAGAAUGAGGUUUACUAUGGAGAUAUGGAAACAGUCUUUGCAGCUGUGUGACAAGUCACUCUGCUAUAUACUGAUUUGGAGACCUCCGCUGAACAGUUUCAUCACUGCAGACUGAAAUGUGGGACUUGUUUUUCAUUGUUUUUAAUAUACGCACAUACAUGUUUUGUGCAUGUAUGUGGGUACCGUGUAUGUGUAUGAAUGUUGUAUAUGCAUGUGUGAAUGUGCGUCUGUAUGUGUGUAUAAAGAAGCUGCAGAAACUUUGUAAUACUUUGUGAAAAGGAUUAUAUUAUAAAGGUUUGUACUGUCUGAGUGCACAGCUACUGGAAUAAAUUUAGGGAAUCUCAGGAACAAACAUAAUUUGUCCAAGAUUUAUUUCUUCUCAGAAGUGUAAGUGCAGUUUUUAAUUCUGUAUAUUAUUUAAUAUUUUACCAAUAAAAUAAACUUCUGACAUAAAGUAUUUGCUAUAAAAAAUUUCUGGUGAAAAUUUUGUAUGCAAACACGUCUUCCAAACACAGCACAUUAAACCACGGAACAGAAGCAGGUUCAGUUCGGCUCCCAUAGCCUUGUGGGGGGAUGUAUCAUACUUUCUGCCAGAGAUGUAUAUGCAUGUGACCUAAUCAUUCUCCAUUAAAUUGAGUAGUCCACUAGAG